AAGUGACGCAAGUCAUCCCUGUGACUCUCUGUCAGGUAGAACACAACUACAGAGCGGCAGAUCACGGAGUGAAGUCAUCAUAGCUCGUCACCAUAACCAACCACACUUUGCUACCUCCUAGCUGCCUCUAGCUGCUAUUCUCCUACUCAUAUUAUUGGUUACAGAGAGAGAGAAGCAAAAACUCACAAAUCAAAUCGAAAUGCUCCGCGAUGGAGAAGAAACCCCCUCCAGAUUCGAAUUGUUGAGCAUGGUGAAGAAGCAUUCGAGCUUGUUAGGGAAAACCGUAGUUGACGCGGACGAUGUUUCCGAUGUCGAAAUGGACCACAAAUUUUGGCAUGAUGUAUUGGAUUUGUAUUUCAUUCGUGGCAAGGACUCCAGGGGACGCCAGGACGAUGAUCUCGUGUUCUUUGUCAGAAAAUUGAGCUCUUAUGGGCAUGGUUCCAGUGACGAAAGUGUUUCUCCUUACUUUGUACGCAGGUGGGCACCUAAGUUGGAUAAUUUGAUCGGUGAAAAUAAUGUGGAGGUGGAUUGGAGGCGUUCGUAUUACUUGAACUUGAUUGCUCACACUUCAUUUACUGUCACAGUGGCUAUUUGCAGUCAUCAGGACCUUCGGAAUCAUCAAGCUGAGCAGGGUACACCAUUAUCUCCAAUAUAUAAGGUCGUAAAGACUGUUUAUGCAUCUCCAAGCCGUGUCAAUUUUCAAUUGGACUCAAGAAAGGAAGUGGAGACAACACCUGCUUAUCCAGAUAUUUGUUUCGCAAUCGAUGACUUCGACUCCACUUUUGAUGCUGUGGUCUUGACUGAAACGGACCAUUGCUAUUGUGUAAUUCUCAAUGCACAUGAUGGGGCAGCAUUUCCCAGGGUAAAGGAAGAAGAUGGUUGCAGUUCCAGUGAUAGUUCCUCUUUGAGGGUCGAGACUAAUUCUUCAAAGACAAAAAAUACUAAGCUGACUCUUUUUUCAGGAUUUGUCAGCUAUCAAAUGGUUCGAGAUGCAUAUGAUGCUGGCAAGUCUCGAUUUGGGAACCUUCUUGGUCAUUCCCCUGGCAAACAAGACAGACUUUACAUGAAAGGUCCUGGAGGACGUGGUGAAGUUGAAGUAGCUGUUUCCGGUGUUGCAGAUCAAAGCCAACAAGAUCUAGGUCCUUUUUCACCUGUUAUAUCCAAGCAAGGAUUUGGAAUUGGCUCCAUUGUUCGUAAAGCGGCUUCUGUUGCAUCUGUUGCUGCAAAGAAUGCCUAUGCAGCUGCUGCUUCUAGCCAUAGUUUUGAUGAUGAGAUGGUACCUCUCAAAUGCUGCUUAAUGUCCAUUACAUUACCCUGGGAACACAUUGCAUAUGAUCUUCUCUUUAAGGGUACUCCUCCAGUAAACUUGUAAGCAUGCAUCUUAUGUACUUCUCACUGGUGAUGAAUAUCAUAAAUGAGUAUGCACCUGCAAGAGGCAAACGUGAGACGAACAGAGAUGUCCUGUGAUCAUUGUAAAGAUUGUAAUCCACUUGUAUAUGGAGACCUCUUGCUCUCCGUAUGCGCAUACGGUGCUGGCCUAGAGCCGUUUGUAAUUAAAUGUAUUGUACAACACUAUUUUUUUCUCUCUUUUUUGUUUCUGUUUACAAAACUCAGCAACAUCUUCAUGAUCAAUAUACUUUUCCUUUCCAGGUUCAGUGAACA